AUGUCUACUCAAUGGGAGCCAGUUGUCCAGGAGCUCUAUGACCUACUGUACGAGCACGACUGGAUCCUCAACUUCAACCAAGCCAUCGCCGAUGCCAAAAGGGCAAAUAUCCCAGACCUUGAUAACAUCGACAAUCUAACCGAUUACCUCAACGACAUCAACGAGUUCCUUUUCUGGAAGCCUGCAGAGAACGAACGCGGCGACGUAAUCUACAACAAAAUUUGUCUCUUCUACUGGAUCCUGGAACAGCGCACUACAUCAAUCCUCCAGUCUGUGGUCCUGCCCAACCAAGCCGACAAGCAGUUAACAAUCCUCUCGCAAUGGAUGGUUAAAUACGCAAAUUGCCUCGGGGCCUUCUACGACACGGAAAAAUCGAUAAAUGCCGAGACCAUUGAUACAUUCUAUCACUCUCCCCCGUACAACAUGGAUCAAUACGAGCGUCCCCCCGGAGACUGGAAGACUUUCAACGAGUUCUUUGCCCGCCACGUGAAGGCUGGCUUGCGCCUUCCGGAUGAUCCCGAGAACCCGGAAGUCAUCGUCAGCGGCGCCGACUCGGUAUUCGACGGCCACUGGCCGGUAGACGAUGAGAGCUGCGUCUUCUUCGUGAAGGGUGUGCCCUGGAGAAUCCAAGACCUCCUAAAGGGCAGCGAGUACGCCGAAAGAUUCGCAGGAGGCACCUUCAUGCACGCUUUCCUCAACACAACUGACUACCACCGCCAGCACGCACCCGUCGGCGGAACCAUUCUCGAGGCAAAGGUGAUACAGGGAUCCGCAUACCUGGAAGUCAUCCCCGUCACCGACCCGACCUCCACCAAAGUGGACGGAAAACCGAGCCGGAAUAUGUUCUCUAUGCGCCGGCGCAUGACCAAAGGCAAGAUCGAUGCGAAUAUUAUCAGGCGUGAGUACCGGGAUGGGACAGUCCCCGGCUUCCACGCCGGCCAGAAAAGUGAGCUUGUGGGAGGUCUGGAUGCUCCGGAUACGCCCGGUUACCAGUUUCUGCAGGCGCGCGGGUGCAUCGUUAUUGAUUCCGAGAUCGGGCUGGUUGCCAUGCUCCCUGUGGGGAUGGCACAGGUUUCAUCGG